AUGAUUCUUGUCACCCAAUUUUUUGGGUGCCCCAACAAUUGGGUGACUGGACCAAGGUUUGGUGGACUGGGGAUUGGCAAGGCCAAGGACUGCCCUGGCUGGCGGUUAGACCGACUGGUGCUUGAUGACCGACGGGUGCACAACCGUCAAUUGACUGACUGGCAGAUGACCCGGUACUGGCUUCCAUUGACCUCAUUGAAGGGAUCGACUGGUCAUUUCGGGACGAACAACGUUGUCGUUAGUUCUGCGCAUAAUCAGAUUCAGCAAAUAAUCGCACAAAUCUCCAACCGAUUGAAUACUUCUUCUGGGAUCAAUUCUUCCUCUUCUCGCAUUGAAGGUGGCGUCGCGGAGACGGACAUAACAAAUGCGCCCUAUUUUGCCAGGGUUGAUGCUACCAUUAAUGUUUCAGUGCCUGCUACCGUCAUCAGAUUCCCAUUGCAGGGUGGAUCUCUGAUUUCGAAAAGACACGUUCUCACCACAGCCUGGAUCAUCGAUCCAAAAUUUUUCGAACUUUCCAAUUUGACGCUAUUAAGCCUUCAUGUCACCCUGGGUGGCACAUCAAUGACAUCACCGAACGUGCAGGAUUUCAAUGUUACACUGUCGAGCGUGAUUCGACACCCGGACUAUGUCUUGAACUUUGAUAACCCUUCUGCAGAUCAAUUCAUUAAACAUCAACCGGCGAUUCUGUACCUACCUUCAGAUGCCGUUUUAGGUGUCACUGUGAGAACCAUUCCGGUUGUUCACAAUGCCGGAGCCACGUACAUCGGACAAGGUGUCACGAUCCUGGACUGGAAUCGCACCGAAAGCAAUGCUGAACUUCAGCACGCGAGUUAUGUCGGCGUAGAAUGCAGCAAUUCUUUAUCCGUGGGUCUGCAAUGGUCCCUGUGCUUCAAAUUACAAGAUUCCAGCGCCUCCAACGUAGACGACGUAGGAGUAUUCGGGUCUCCAGUCCUCAUUAAUUACGCAUCCCCCAUCGCAGCAAUCGUUGGAGUGAAAACCGUAGUUUCAAAUUUAACAGAACCAACCAAGUUGACAACCAUUGCCAGCAGUUUGAGUUAUGAUGGACAUGCUUCCUUCGUCUGCCAAUACGCUGAUAAAUGCUUAAACGCAGCCACUACAACAGACCCAGAACCGACUAAUAAGACCUGGAUUGUGAUCACCUUUCUGCAGAGAUUGCGCAAUUUGUUCGGAAAUUUCUAA